GCUGCUGGCUGGGCGCAGGGCCCGAGCCGCGGGGGAUCGCCGGGGCUUGGCGCGCGGAGCUCCGGCGUGUCGCUCGGGGAAGCUCAGCCCCACCGGCCAGAGGAGCCUCGGGCGGCGGCGGCCCUCACCGGCUGGUGCAGGGCCUCGGGCCGGGUAGGGCCGAGCGCUGCGGGAGGAAGCGGCGGCGGCGGCGGGUCCCGAGCUCUGCGCGCCAUGGCGGGCGGGCCCCCCAAGGCCCUGCCGUCCACGGGGCCCCACUCCUUGCGCGACAUGCCGCACCCGCUGGCUGGCUCCAGCAGCGAGGAGGCCGUGGGAGGCGACAGCACGCCCAGCCCGGACCUACUGAUGGCCCGCAGCUUCGGUGACAAGGAUCUCAUUUUGCCCAACGGCGGUACUCCAGCAGGCACUUCGAGCCCAGCUUCUUCAUCUUCCCUUCUGAACAGACUUCAGCUUGAUGACGACAUUGACGGUGAGACCAGGGAUCUCUUUGUCACGGUUGAUGAUCCCAAGAAGCACGUCUGUACAAUGGAGACCUAUAUCACGUAUAGGAUCACCACCAAAAGCACGAGGGUGGAGUUUGACCUGCCAGAGUACUCGGUCCGUCGAAGAUACCAGGAUUUCGACUGGUUGAGGAACAAGCUGGAAGAAUCGCAGCCCACUCAUCUCAUUCCCCCACUUCCUGAGAAGUUUGUGGUGAAAGGCGUGGUGGAUCGUUUUUCAGAAGAGUUUGUGGAGACCAGAAGAAAAGCGCUGGAUAAAUUCCUAAAGAGGAUUACGGAUCACCCCGUGCUCUCCUUUAACGAACACUUCACUGUGUUCCUCACGGCCAAGGACUUGAAUGCCUACAAGAAGCAGGGGAUAGCAUUGCUGACCCGGGUGGGUGAGUCAGUCAAGCACGUCACUGGAGGCUAUAAGCUGAGGAGCCGGCCUCUGGAGUUCGCAGCCAUCGGCGACUACCUAGACACUUUUGCACUCAAACUGGGAACCAUCGAUCGGAUAGCCCAGCGGAUCAUCAAAGAAGAAAUAGAGUACCUGGUGGAGCUGAGGGAGUAUGGGCCUGUGUACUCCACCUGGAGCGCGCUGGAAGGUGAGCUGGCGGAGCCCCUGGAGGGCGUGUCAGCCUGCAUUGGGAACUGCUCCACAGCCUUGGAAGAGCUGACAGAUGACAUAACAGACGAGUUUCUGCCUGUGCUCAGGGAAUACAUUCUAUACUCUGACUCCAUGAAGGGUGUAUUGAAGAAGAGAGACCAAGUACAAGCAGAGUAUGAAGCCAAACUGGAAGCUGUGGCUCUGAGAAAGGAAGAUCGUCCCAAGGUGCCCGCAGAUGUGGAGAAGUGCCAGGACAGGAUGGAGUGCUUCAACGCUGACCUGAAGGCAGACAUGGAGAGGUGGCAGAGCAGCAAGCGGCAUGACUUCCGGCAGCUGCUGGUGGGCUUGGCUGACAAGAACAUCCAGUAUUAUGAGAAGUGCCUCAUGGCGUGGGAGUCAAUUAUUCCACUACUGCAAGAGAAGCAAGAGGCCAAGUAGAUUUGUUCUUGGAACAGAGACACUUCUGCCUCCACAGGGCAUGGUGCCCUGACCAGAUGUCCCUGCAGUGCCGGAGGGGUGGCAUGGGAAAAGAGCACAACAGCACCUCUCCUGUGUAUACGUUCUCCCCGCCCCACAGUUGUUUUCAGUUAGUAUUUAUUCUUGGUGGAGUCUGUGAGGCUGUAAUCAUCUCUCAGCAGAAGUAUACCUCCGUGUUGUGAAGAACCCUCCUAAACGGAACACUAUGAAGACUUGAAACUGAGGGGCAGGGCAACCCCCCCCAGAUGACAAAUGCCAUCACUUUGGGGCAGCCCAGUUGCUGUUGUUGGACAGAACCCAGGGCCUGCUUUUCGGGGACACGGGGAGACAAGACUACGGCAGCUGUGGAGAGCCUGUGGCUCUGCACUUUACCCCUGAGGGCACUGACCUGUCCCAGCAUGGAAGGGGUGUGGGGACCUUCUUGGAAAGCCCUUAAUUUACAGUGGCCUGUGGCUGUGGCUGUGGCCUCCUCCCUGCUCGUGAUGAGUGGCAUCCAUUUACUUGUUUCGGUUCACAUGGGGCCAUUUAAAUCAGUGUCUGUGAGCGUUGAUGCCUGAAUGAGUAAGCCAGCGUCCUUGUCCUUAUGUGAUGCCUCAGGAAGCUGAAGGGAAUGCGCCGGAUCUUGUUUCUGACACCAGAAUGCAGCAGAGGAGAAGCUUUUUGGUGUGAACUGGAAAAAAGGUGCAUUUUUCUCCGUGAAGGUCUAGUGUUGCUUGUUAACCGUCAUUAUGGCGGGAUUAGACCUGUUAGAGAACAGCUGCUGUUUUACAGUCAGUGAUGUUCCCAUGUGCCAAGCCCCAGCUCCGAUGUCGCCUUUACCUCACCAAAUGUGUCUAGUUCAGCACUUCCUGCUGUGCCCCGCUGGCUGGGCAGCCUGGUGAUGAGGGCUGUGUGUUGCCUUGUCAUGGCCGAUCUGUAAGCUCAGUGUAAUUACUCUACAUGGGUGUCUUAACCUUCAGAGUUCCGUGGUAAGGAAGAAAAGCAUCUGCAGGUCCCUCAGAGACGAGAAGAGUGGCAUCAGACUCUUUGCUCUGCUCCCUGUGGAAAUCUCCAUUUGCAGCUCAAAUCUAGGGUUUGCAGGCUGUGUUUAAAGUCUUCAUUUGAAACUUUUCAAAUUGCCAUAAAACCAACAGUCACAAAGGAGCUCUUCCAUAUAUUCUUGCUGAGAAGAAGCUGCAUAGUACAUUCUUCGAUCUGUGACUCUUCGCUAAAAACCCAUAAAUCUGAGCUACAGGUAGAUGGAAGAGUUUUGUUUGUAAGACGAAGUAGAGCAUGGCUUCACACACGAGUCAAUUUGCAGUCCUGUCAACACACAGUAUGCCAAGUCCUGUCACUCCCUCUAACAUGGAGUUGACCUCAGGCAGCUGCAUCUGGACAUCGCGGGACAGCGGCUAGACAGCAUGAAAUAAUUUGUCUUUUCCUCACAUUUGACAAAUGUGUGAUUGAAGUAAUAAUUCCUGCAUCUAUCGGUACUUGCCUAAACCCCAUCUGUGCCAUCCCAAAAUCCUUUGAUGUGAAUUUUUUUUUUUUGGUACAAAUAGCAAUGAGCUGCUGAAGCAAAAGAGUAAGAACGACGGUUCACACACCCAAUUCCAGUGUCUCAGCAUCUCAUUCUACCUCCAAACCAUCGGGUUGGUGCGGGUGUGAAUGCUCAGAGCCACCCCAAGCACGCUGGUAGAGUGUCCAGUCCCCAACAGGCUGCCAUUGAUGUACAUCAGGGGACAGGCUGGCCAGCAGUGAUGUUCAUCUUUGGGAAACAUGAAGCUUUGCUUAUCAGUGUCUGGUGUGAUGAUGCUUGAAAAGAACUACAGAAAGAAUUAUGGAGAAGCUAAAAUUUGAUGAAACUCCAAGUCAAUCCUAUGUGCUGAUUAGUUAUGCUGGAAGUAAACCUUGUAAAAAAAAAAAAAAAAAA